ACGAGCAUAAAAGCCGCCGCGCACACAUGGAAGCAUCUGGAGGCGUGGCACUGCAGCCGUUGCCUUCAGCGACCAGCGCCCCGCGGCGGCGGAGCACAGGAGAGAGCGCGGCGAGCGAGCGGGGAGCCGAGGUCGAGGCGCCCGCCGAUGGACCCGCCUGACGUCGAGAUGGAGGCCGCACAGCCUCCGCCGGCGGCGCCGGCAGCAGCGGAGGAGGGGUGGAGCAUGCUGUCCCGUGCCCGCGCGCUGCUCGAGGAGGGCAAGCCGUCCCUCGCGCUGCAGGCGGUUCUCCUGGCCAUAAGAUCUCAAGGUGGUGAACAAGCUCUCAUCCAGACAUUGAACCGUGCACGUGAACUCUACACUCAGAGAGUGCAAGCCACUCCUAGUGUUGAUGAACUCGCCUCUUUGCUUGCACAGUGUGCUAUAGCAGAGGCUCAGUCAACAAAUGCUACCCCUCCACAAGGACCUGGGUCUGACCCUGUCAUGAUGUUGGAUUCUGAUGAGGCCUGCAUUCUUGCUGAGAGUGGAAGGAAGCAGAUCAUCUUGGAUGCAUUUGCCGAUGGAAGCAGCUUCAUUUGCUUGAAAUGUGGUGGGCUGUUUAGCACAUCUCGCAAAGAUGAGCACUUGACCUACUGGUGCGGGACUGCAUGAUCCUGGUGAUAUCUUGAUGUGGUAUAUCUGUGGUCACCCCAGGCGAUGAUCAUUAUACCCGUGAGAUUUUGUAAAAACAUCUUUCCCUUCCGAUUACCGCUUCUUUACUACAGGGAUGCCAGAGAUGCAUCUUCUGUUUACCGUAGCAAAUACAUUGCUGAUGCCAAACAUUAUCAAGUAAAAAACUUUCAUCUCUA